AUGGCGACAGUCGGAACUUCAGAGUGCGGCACUUCAGGCCCAAAGAAGUGCACAUUUAAGUGGACAGACGAACUUACGUUCACAUUCAUCCGGAUUAGGGCAGAAAAGGAAACCCUUUUUACUGGCUACAGGAAUGCAGCAACGCAGGGCUACGAGGAGAUCAUCAACUUGAUGGAUUUGACAGGAAAGGUCACUGCUCAGCAAUGCAAAAAAAAGUGGGAAAAUCUUAAAAAAAAGUACAAGGACUUGUCACUGCCAAAGACUGGUUCAGGGACAGAGGAAGGAGAGAACAGAGACGGAACGUUCCUGACUCCCAACAACUGCGACCUGACAGGCCUCGUGUCUGCUCCCAGCUCCAGAUCAUUGGGAUGCUGUGAGUCAUAG